AUGAAGGUUCUCGAUCCUCAAGCCGCCCUUCUGACGACGUCCGAAGUCUAUAAUUUCCUUCUUGAGAAUCCAGCCCGCCCACCUCCCAAGAAAAUCGGCUCCUACACGCCCGUCAAUUUGAAGGGCUAUCAGCGUGUGCGAGAGGACUUCUUGGAUUAUAUCACAAACACCAUCCCGUACAUCGCCGGGUACCCACCACCAGAGACUUUCAUACACACUCUGGUGCCUAAAUUGCGCACAUUCGGGUUGUCGAAGACGGAGGCAUUCAUGAUGGUCAAUCUGGGAGUUGGGCUGGCCCGGGGUUACGAACAGCAGCCAUCAGCGAACGGGGGUCGAGAUGGGGAUAUGAAGGCUGUAAGCGGUACAGCAGAGUCGACUUCUGGGAACGAAAAUGCCGGUACUUCUGGUGACGAAGAGCAACACGAGCCCGUAGGAGAGGGAGACGAAGCGGCCUACCAACCCUCUGACAUGGAGCUACUCUCUUGUGUGAUCGAAGAGUUCGAGGACCGGUUCCCUGGUGACGAGGGGCAAGAACAGAUCCAGAAGAUUGUGCAACUGAUCAGAGACGAGUACCAGAGCGCACAGACGAAACAUGCUGCAACAAACGGCGAUGCACUUGGGAAGGGAGACAUUAUGGAUGUAUCAUGA